AUGGCAGCUGACCCACCUCCUGUGGAGAGACUAUUAGGUGAUUACAGGGGAGCAAAUGCCCCGCCUGGAAGGAUGACAAUCGUGAAUCAACCAGUCAAUGUUGCCCACUUUCAACUUCACCCCUCAACGAUACGGAAACUAGAAAGGAGACCUUUCGCAGGAAAAAUUAACGAAGAUGCCAACAAGCAUUUGCAAAGGUUUCUGACUAUGACUACGUCGUUAAAGAUUGAGGGACAUUCUGAGGAAGCUAAGAAGCUGGUCAUGUUUCCGUUUACAUUGUCAGAAGAUGCUGAAGAGUGGUUCUACUCUUUACCUGCUGGAAGCAUCACAACUUGGCAACAGAUGGAGACAACUUUUCUCAACGAGUACUUUCCGGCCUCUGUGUACAUCCGAAAGAGGUACGACAUAGUGAAUUUUAAACAGAAGGAAGGAGAGUCACUUGGAGAUGCGUAUAAGAGGUUCAAACGAUUAUUGGUUGCAUGUCCUACUCAUAAUUGUGAUGCAACGGAGCAAAUGCAGAAUUUUGUAAAUGGUCUUCGGCUGAAGACUAAGCAACUCAUUGACACAGCAGCUGGUGGCUCAACCAAUUUUACAACAGCCACUGGCAUUAAAAAGAUUAUCGAAGCCAUUGCAGCCAAUGAGCACCUGGAGUUGUAUGACCGCAGUGUUAGUCAACCCGAAGGGAUAAUUGACCUGAAAUUGGCAAACCAAGUGGUGAAGAUGGAAGAUCAAAUAUCAGCUGAAGUAGAAAGGAGACUGAAGAAGAUGGCUAUUGAUACCCAAACUGUUGCACAGGUUCAACAGGUUCAACCAACUCACACAAGUAAUUGCGAAAUUUGUGGAGGACCUCAUCUUACCGUACAUUGCGUUGCUACCGCACAACAAAUUGAGGAGAUCAAGUUUCUUAGGCAGAACAACCCUUAUUCAAACACAUACAAUCCGGGUUGGAAAAACCAUCCUAAUUUCUCAUGGAAGGAUCAACAAGGAAAUGUGCAACAACAACCGCAUCAACAACAGUUUCAGCAACAGGUACCAAGAAAAGCUGAUUGGGAGCUUGCCAUUGAGAAGAUGGCCGCUCAAAGCUCUCAAUUUCAAGAAGAGACCCGGAGUAAUUUAAAAAACACAAGUGCUUCAAUUAAGAAUCUUGAAAUCCAGAUGAGUCAGAUAGCACAACAAUUAGCGAGCUCUCCACAACAGGGAAUUUUACCAAGUUCUACGGUUACUAAUCCAAGAGAAAAUUAUCAUGUGAAUGCGGUGACCACCAGGAAUGGUAAGUCAAAAGAAAUACCUGAGAAGAGUUCUGAAGAAGAAGACUUAUUGCUUGAAGUUGAUCUAGAGAUAAAAGAAAAUGAGGUUGCAAAUGAAGAGGUCACUCAUGAUGAACGAGUGGUUAAAGAUAAAGUGAUUGAUCAAAAACCGGCCGUCAAACUGCCAUUCCCAACAAGAAAUAAGAAGAAAGGGCAGCAUGAGAAAAACUUUGAGAAGUUCUUGGAAAUGUUUAAAAAGCUUGAGCUAAACAUUCCUUUCUUGGAGGCGCUUGAGCAAAUGCCUACCUACGCAAAGUUCAUGAAAGACAUCAUCUCGAAGAAGCGGACCAUAGAAACUAACCCGAUUAUUCUAACGGAAACUUGUAAUGCCAUGUUGCAGGGUAUGAAGGUUCCGGUGAAAAAGAAGGAUCGAGGUUCUCUGACCAUUCCGUGUGCCAUUGGAGAUAGAUCCUUCAAGAAAGCUCUAAUUGAUUUGGGAGCGAGUGUAAGUCUUAUGCCGCUGUCUAUCUAUAAGAAGUUGGGGAUAGGUAAAAUUCAAGAUACGAGAAUGACACUCCAGUUUGCUGACCGCUCUGUGAAGAGACCCUACGGGAUAGUAGAAGAUGUGCUAGUAUAG